AUGGCAUCGUCCAUUAUCUUCGUGACCUUAGCUUUAGUUGCAGCAUCUGUUCUUGCACCAGUGAUGGGCACUGAUUUCAUGGUUGGAGAUGACAAAGGCUGGACCCUCAACUUCGACUACCAAGCCUGGGCCGCGGGGAAGCAGUUCUACGUCGGCGACAACCUCGUUUUCAAGUAUCCGGAGGGCGCCCACGAUGUCUUGAAAGUCAACGGGACCGGCUUCCAGCAGUGCGCGGCUCCGGCAGGCACCCCGGCUCUGUCCACGGGGAACGACGUCGUUCCCCUUCUGACCCCGGGAAGAAAGUGGUACAUCUGCGGCAUCAGCAACCAUUGUGCGACCGGCAACAUGAAGCUCGUCAUAACCGUGCUGCCAAACACGGAGUCGCCCGCGCCCGCUGAAGCCUCAGCCGCUAGAGGGAGCAUCGCGCCUCAAUGUUACACCUUGAUCAUGGCUGUCUUCGGCGUCGUUGCAAUGGUUAUGGUUUGA